UCAAGCAGUUUGGUAAUGUCUUUAUCAUCAGUGGUUGAACCAUCGAGCAGUCUGGUAAUGUCUUCAUCAUCAAUGACUGAACCAUCCAGCAGUCUGGUAAUGUCUUCAUCAUCAGUGGUAGAACCAUCAAGCAGCUUGCUAAUGUCUUCAUCAUCAGUGGUUGAACCAUCGAGCAGUUUGGCAAUGUCUUUAUCAUCAACAAUUGAACCAUCGAGCAGUCUGGUAAUGUCUUCGUCAUCAAUGGUUGAACCAUCAGGCAGUUUGGUAAUGUCUUCAUCAUCAGUGCUUGAAUCAUCGAGCAGUCUAGUAAUGUCUUCAUCAUCAAUGGUUGAACCAUCGAGCAGUUUGAUAAUGUCUUUAUCAUUAGUGGUUGAACUAUCGAGCAGUGUGGUAAUGUCUUCAUCAUCGGUGGUUGAACCAUCAAGCAGUUUGUUGAUGGAGUCAUCCUCAGUGGUAGAAUCAUCCAGUAGCUUGUUAACGAUGUCGUCAUUGAUGGUUGAACAAUCAAGCAGUUUGGUGGUGGAGUCAUCACCAAUGAUUGAACCUUCUAGCAGUUUGGUAAAGGAGUCAUCAUCAAUGGGUGAUCUGUCAAGCAGUUUUGUAAUUUAUUCAUCAUCAAGAGUUGAAAUGUCCAGCAGCUUGGUAAUAUCUUUAUCGUCAUUUGUGGAACCAUCAAGCAGUUCUGUUUCAACAUCUUCAGUCACCAUCAUGUCAUCACCAGUAACCUCCAGUUCGAUGCUUGUGACUGAUUCGACCUCCCCAUCCCCAACAAGUUCCAUUCUUGCAUCAGCUUCUUCAAAUCUUUCAACCCCUGGUAGCACUAUGUCUGAGAUGGUAGCCUCCUCAGUCUCAAGUUCUGUACCUCUGAGUUCCUUUGGAUCAGAGUCUCUGAGCAUGACCUCAAGGUCGACCCUGACCACAAGGUCAGCUACUGAAUCAGCUGUAGGACCUUCAUCAAGUUCCCUUGAUUCCUCCAGUGCCCUAGUAUCAUCGACGACAACCACUGUCUUCUCAUCAACCCAGUCAAGUGAUGUCUUCUCAUCAACUGCUUCCAGCACAUCCAGUUUUCUUCCUGAUUCUUCAAGCCUGUUAUCGAGUUCAGGUGUUGCAUCAUCUGUGACCUUGACCGAUUCAUCUAUCUUGCCGACAAUGUCAAGCUCAGCUGUACCUUCGUCAAGUAUGGAAUCGUCAAUGAGCAUGUCUUCAAGCCAAGUGAUCAGUAGUUCUGCAGUGUCAAGUAUGGAAUCGUCAAUGAGCAUGUCUUCAAGCCCAGUGAUCAGCAGCUCUGCAGUGACAAGUAUGGAGUCUUCAAUGAGCAUGUCUUCAAGCCCAGUGAUCAGUAGCUCUGCGGUGUCAAGUAUGGAAUCGUCAAUGAGCAUGUCUUCAAGCCAAGUGAUCAGUAGCUCUGCGGUGUCAAGUAUAGAAUCAUCAAUGAGCAUGUCUUCAAGCCCGGUGAUCAGCAGCUCUGCUGUGUCAAGUAUGGAAUCGUCAAUGAGCAUGUCUUCAAGCCCAGUGAUCAGUAGCUCUGCGGUGUCAAGUAUGGAAUCAUCAAUGAGCAUGUCUUCAAGCCAAGUGAUCAGCAGCUCUACUGUGUCAAGUAUGGAAUCGUCAAUCAGCAUGUCUUCAAGCCAAGUGAUCAGCAGCUCUGCUGUGACAAGUAUGGAAUCAUCAGUGAGCAUGUCUUCAAGCUUAGUGAUCAGCAGCUCUGCUGUGUCAAGUAUGGAAUCGUCAAUGAGCAUGUCUUCAAGCCCAGUGAUCAGCAGCUCUACUGUGUCAAGUAUGGAAUCGUCAAUGAGCAUGUCUUCAAGCCCAGUGAUCAGUAGCUCUGCGGUGUCAAGUAUGGAAUCGUCAAUGAGCAUGUCUUCAAGCCCAGUGAUCAGUAGCUCUGUAGUGACAAGUAUGGAAUCAUCAAUGAGCAUGUCUUCAAGCCCAGUGAUCAGCAGCUCUGCGGUGUCAAGUAUGGAAUCGUCAAUGAGCAUGUCUUCAAGCCAAGUGAUCAGUAGUUCUGCAGUGUCAAGUAUGGAAUCGUCAAUGAGCAUGUCUUCAAGCCCAGUGAUCAGCAGCUCUGCAGUGACAAGUAUGGAGUCUUCAAUGAGCAUGUCUUCAAGCCCAGUGAUCAGUAGCUCUGCGGUGUCAAGUAUGGAAUCGUCAAUGAGCAUGUCUUCAAGCCCAGUGAUCAGCAGCUCUGCUGUGACAAGUAUGGAGUCUUCACUGAGCAUGUCUUCAAGCCCAGUGAUCAGUAGCUCUGCGGUGUCAAGUAUGGAAUCGUCAAUGAGCAUGUCUUCAAGCCCAGUGAUCAGCAGCUCUGCGGUGUCAAGUAUGGAAUCGUCAAUGAGCAUGUCUUCAAGCCCAGUGAUCAGUAGCUCUGCGGUGUCAAGUAUGGAAUCGUCAAUGAGCAUGUCUUCAAGCCCAGUGAUCAGUAGCUCUGCGGUGUCAAGUAUGGAAUCGUCAAUGAGCAUGUCUUCAAGCCCAGUGAUCAGUAGCUCUGCGGUGUCAAGUAUGGAAUCGUCAAUGAGCAUGUCUUCAAGCCCAGUGAUCAGUAGCUCUGCGGUGUCAAGUAUGGAAUCGUCAAUGAGUAUGUCUUCAAGCCCGGUGAUCAGUAGUUCUGCUGUGUCAAGUAUGGAAUCGUCAAUGAGUAUGUCUUCAAGCCUGGUGAUCAGUAGUUCUGCGGUGUCAAGUAUGGAAUCGUCAAUGAGCAUGUCUUCAAGCCCAGUGAUCAGUAGUUCUGCGGUGUCAAGUAUGGAAUCAUCAAUGAGCAUGUCUUCAAGCCCGGUGAUCAGCAGCUCUGCUGUGUCAAGUAUGGAAUCGUCAAUGAGAAUGUCUUCAAGCCCAGUGAUCAGUAGUUCUGCGGUGUCAAGUAUGGAAUCAUCAAUGAGCAUGUCUUCAAGCCCGGUGAUCAGUAGCUCUGCGGUGUCAAGUAUGGAAUCGUCAAUGAGCAUGUCUUCAAGCCCAGUGAUCAGUAGCUCUGCGGUGUCAAGUAUGGAAUCGUCAAUGAGCAUGUCUUCAAGCCCGGUGAUCAGUAGCUCUGCGGUGUCAAGUAUGGAAUCGUCAAUGAGCAUGUCUUCAAGCCAAGUGAUCAGCAGCUCUGCUGUGACAAGUAUGGAGUCUUCAAUGAGCAUGUCUUCAAGCCCAGUGAUCAGUAGCUCUGCGGUGUCAAGUAUGGAAUCAUCAAUGAGCAUGUCUUCAAGCCCAGUGAUCAGUAGCACUGCGAUGUCAAGUAUGGAAUCGACUAUGAGUAUGUCUUCAAGCCCAGUGAUCAGCAGCUCUGCAGUGACAAGUAUGGAAUCGUCAAUGAGCAUGUCUUCAAGCCUGGUGAUCAGUAGCUCUGCAGUGACAAGUAUGGAGUCUUCAAUGAGCAUGUCUUCAAGCCCAGUGAUCAGCAGCUCUGUAGUGACAAGUUCCACUGUUACAACAUCAAGUAUUGAAUCAUCAUUAAGCAUGUCUUCAACUCCAGUAACCAGAAGCUCAAGUUCAAGUAUCAUGUCAUCAACUGUUUCUUCAAGUUUAGAAUCGUCCUCAAUGAGUGUUACAUCGACUCCUUUCGUUAGUACCUCGGUUGAAUCAACUCCAUCACUCUCGUCAUCUGUUUCCAUGUCUGCAUCCUCAACAGCCUCAGUUUCAUCCUCAAUGGUUGCAUCAAGUUCCGUUUCCCCAUCGAGUUCGAUCACACCAUCUAGUUCGUCUACCGUCACAACAGCAUCUGCCACAACAACGGAGUCGGCCACAACAACAGCUGCCACAACAACAGCCGCCACAACAACAACAACUACAGCAAGAGCUGUAAUAUCUGUGGAUGGUUCCCUUGCAUCAUGUUGCUGGGUUGUAACUAAACUCCGAGUUUCAACGACCGUGGAUGUCACAACAGACGCAUUCAAAUAUGAAAUGGAAGACAAACUCGCUAAGGCAAUCUCUGAUGCAAACGAUCGUCAGGUACUGAUUGAUGCUGGGCAGUAUGAGGCAUUAUUCAGGAGGAAGAGGGACACUGAUUUCCAGAGGAUGAUGCAAGAUCUUCAGGUUUUACAGGCAGAUAGUGGUUACGAGAGUGAUUAUGCAGAUUCUGGUGUCAUCCUGAGCAGGAAAAAGAGAGCUGGGACUUACAAUGGAUACACAGUUCAGGUCAUCAAUAUCACUCGGCCAAAUGAUGACACUCUCGUCGAUAUGGUAUACUAUGCCACCUACGAUGGGGAAACGCUGGUGAGCACAAAAGCUGUGGCGCUCUUGGACUUGUACUCUGAUCAGGAAUUGGCCAUUGCUCUUGGUUACUAUGUAGCAGACAACGCAGAACUGUACACCAGCGUUGCACAUCUUCUCAGGGCUGUGAAGCGCCGUACAAAUGAGUGA